GGUAGGUUACGAUGGAACUUGAGGGCGGGGGAGGGAGUCGAGUUAGUCGGUACUAAGGCAGCUCAGAGUGAUAACACACACACACACUCCGCGAGGAACCCACGUGAAGAAGGCCAACGAACAUAAAUACAAAUCUCCAUCGCUUUACAGAGUUCUGAGAGUCGAACGUCAGGAUGGUGAAGUUCGAAGGUACUUACAAGCACGACAAGGAUGACAACUUAGAAGCCGUUUUCGCCAAGAUGGGCAUGAACUUCUUCAUCCGGAAACUAGCGGCGAGAAGCAAGCCAACGGUGGACAUUCACGUGAAAGAUGAAAGUUGGACCAUCACCACCACGCUGCCCAUUAAGACGCUCACGUGGAAUUUCAAGAUGGGGCAGAGCGUGGCUGUGGACGGGCCGGAAGGAUUGAUCGAGUCUGUGUUUACCUUAAACGGCGAUACAAUGCUGCAAACGCCCGUGGACUUAGCAAACGACAAAGCUAUACUGAUCGAGAGGCUUUUCACUGAAGAAGGGAUGGUGCAGACGAUGACCCACAAACCAUCUGGAACAGUGGCCAAAAGGUGGUUUGUGAGAGAAUGAAAUCUACAACUUCGGAAAAAAAAAUCAUGACAACUUUACUGACAUUAUUAGACAUUAAGUGAACGGGGCUGUAGCAUAGUGGGGAGGGUAAAGUGGGUAAACUUUAGUGGCAUUAGUGGGUAAGAAUAGUGGCAAAUGGUCAUUGGCGUGUAUUCGAUGGAAGACAGGAGCAGAGAGAGAAAGAAAAUUCGAAGAGAGUGUUGGACGCGAGUGUCCACAUCAACUUAUUUAGGAAAGAGAUGAUGCUAAAAUAUAUAAAAGCGAAUCAAACAGCAAUUGGCUGGAUAUCAUAAGGUGUUUUUUUAUACAUGUACAAACAAAAAGCUCAUUUUUUUGCUAUUUAGAAAGUAUUACUAUAAGUCCAAAACACAAAGAUCAAAAUUUUAGUGGCUGGCUGUGGGAGUGAGAUAGAACAGCCUCACCAAAGGAGCGUUUAAAUAUAAAGAUGCAGAGAA